AUGCGCUCUGCCAUUUGGGCGCUUUGGCUGGCACACGCGGGGGCUCAGCGGUACAAUCCGAGCACAUCCAACCAGCAACAGCAACCCUUCCUGCCAACGCCAUGUCAACUCCUCCAGGCCACUUUCCCAGACGAAGUCUAUGGACCGGGGCAUGCCAACUACACCCGCUCGCAAGCAAACUAUUGGGCUGCACAGCAAUAUGACAUGACACCCGCAUGUCGCUUCUUCCCUACCGGAUCGCGGCAUAUCCAGGAAGCGUUAGCAGACAUCAUUAUCCCAAAUAAUGUGAGCAUCGCUGUCGUCUCUGGAGGCCAUGCGUCCACCACGGGAGCUUCCAAUGUUGAGGACGGAAUCACCAUUGACCUGUCGCGGCUCACCGAGGUCAACUUCUUCCUGGAUGCUGGCAAGGAAGUCUGGCUCGGCCCCGGGAACCGCUGGGAAGACGUAUAUCGCAUUCUUCAACCAUCGAAUCUGACCGUUGCCGGUUCUCGAUCUGGCCAUGUGGGAGUCGGGGGCCACGUGCUCGGAGGUGGUCUGUCUUGGUUUGCGAACCACAGAGGCUGGGCAUGCGACGAUGUGACCGAAAUGGAGCUCGUGACGCCUUCAGCCGAAAUUGUCCGCGUCAAACCUCACGAGUUGGACGAUCUGUUCUGGUCUCUCAAAGGCUCUCUGGGUGCUCUCGGGAUUGUCACGAAGAUCAAGAUGAAGACGGUCCGGAAUGUGGCGGUCUAUGGAGGGGCCAUGUCUUACGAGCAGAGGUACAUUGCAAAGCUUUGCCGUGCUCUCGAGAGACUCGCUUCUGCUGCUGGAAAAGAUCCUUCUACACAAGGCUACCUCUCUUUUGCCUGGCUGGAAGCGAAGAAGAGCUUCACCUACUCUGCCUAUCUCAUGAACACCGACAACAGUUCCACGAGUGAUGCACUCUCUGCAUUCGAGACCAUUCCUCACUCCGGCAACACUCUCCGAAGCAUGACCAUUGGCGACAGCGCAAAGGAAAUCGACCAGAGUAAUCCACUGGGAAAGCGAAGAUCCAAAUUCACGCUGACCACCCUUGCCAACGCGCAAGUCAUGAUGGAACUCCACGAGAUCGUCAAAGCCGUGGCAACAGAUACGACCUUCGACAAGGAAGGUGUACUCGGAGUCACGUUCCAGCCACUCACGGUGCCCCAUCUCCAAGCUCAAAGCAAUAUCUUCAACCUGAGCCCCGCCCAAGGACCUCUCCUCCUGAUCUCCGUGGAAUUCUGGUGGAGCGACCGCUCGAGGGACCCGUCCAUCGAGAGCGCGGCCCAAAAGUUACUCAAGUCGAUGAAGGCAAAGCUGCAAGAGCUCGGCGCGCUCCAUGAUUUCAUCUACCCGAAUUACGCCGCCCGAGACCAGAACCCCUUGGAUUCCCUCACCCCUCUGAACCGACGCAUGCUCCAGCAAACGAAACGGAAAUUCGACCCGCAGAAUCUCUGGCAGCAGCUCGUCCCGGGCAUCUGGCAUAUAGACUGA